AUGCUGCGCGGAUCCCGAACAACGUCCCAUACGACCGACCACCACCGUUGUCCCAAGCUUGUGAACGAGAUGCCGUUGUCCGUCGCUGUGCCGGCUCUGCCGUCCUUUCGGAAGCAACACCUGCUCGUUGAGUUCUCCCGUCUGCGCUAUGCACAGCUCGACGGUGUCUUCCUAAGCAUCACGCCUGGCGACCCGUCGCUAUGGCUUGGUGUCAUCUUCGUGCGAAAAGGUCCAUAUGCGCCUGCUGUCUUACGCUUCCAAAUCUCCUUCCCACCCACCUAUCCUGCUUUGCCGCCCCUCGUGACCUUUUCCACCGAUGUCUUUCACCCGCUCCUCACGCCACUUACCACGUAUACUUACACGACUGGAUCCACAGACACGGAUACCGUCAGUGCAACCGAUGAGGAACGGCUGCCACCAGGCGGAUUCAGCCUGCGGCACGGCUUUCCCCAUUGGUUUGGACGAAGCCGAAAGAUGUCUGCACCAAACUCUCGUGAUGCCAGUGGUUCUGCCUUGGCCAGUCCCGCGAGCACUACUCCUGUGCCCUCGGACUUGAACGCUAGCUCCGGUACUCCCAAUGUUCCCCAGCCGACCCAAGAAGUAUCUAUUGUGCGCAUACUAGAGUACAUCCGUUCGACCUUUAGUGAGGAAUCCAUACUGGACUCACUCCCGCUAGAAGCUGCAGCAAACCCAGGGGCCUUCCAUGCAUGGAGAGCGCAUCGAGCCCCUAUUGUGCAAGCUCAGCAGCCAACAUCGCCAAGCCCAGAACCAUCCACGAGUGAAAAGUCAGAAGGCAGCUCUACUUUGGGACGCAACCGACGUCCUGGGGAGUGGAAUUGGGAAGGCGUGUGGGAGGAGCGUGUAAGAAAAGCAGUCAAGGCCAGUCUGUCUGAACCAGUUCUGUAUGGCACGAGUGCUGGAGAAGAUAUAAUACGGUUCCGCGAGGCAGACGAGGAGAUGCAAGAGAAGAUGAAGUGGCAUCUGGAGACUGCUGCUGCUGCUGCUGCUGCUGCAGAAUCUUGACUUGUCAUAUAGCUAGCCCAAGCUUAUGUCCCUGAAGUAUGUAGCUGAGACCAUGAGGUUGCAUUGUAGAGGAUUGCCACAACAGCGUCACUUGGUGUGCGGCAUGUCCAAAGGCCAGAAUGGGUAGUUACCAGUGACAAUAGGCAAGUGUUCCUUGAUGUAGCAAGAACUUCUCAUGUUGUUUCC